AUGUCUCUGGUGAAGAGAGUGGCGGAGUAUUGUGGUCGAACUGGAGGUGCGGGCACCCUUGAGUCUGACGUCUUGAUCUUUCAAGCCUUAUUCCUAACGGUAGGCGAUACGCAUUCCACAUGGGACGAGGCAUCGGCGACCGGAGUCCAGUCAUCGUCGGCUAGAGCCGAUGCUUUGCUGGAUAGUUCGUCGUCAGUGCGCCACGCCCCCGAGUCGGCAUUGAAAGGGGUCAUCUUACGAGUACCGAAUUCUUGCAUGUGGGGCCCGGGGAUCUCUAUAUUGCUGUCUCACGGGGACGUUCAAUUCUCAUCAUUGACUAGUAUAUCUCUGGGCGCCAUGUUCAACACGUUUGUGGGUAUCAACCACAGUGAUACGACUAAAAAUCCAUCCGAGCGACGGCGUGCUAUCGUGGCGAAGGCUUGCGUGGAAUGCCGAAGACGAAAGACCAAGUGCAUUGGAACACAGCCCUGCACUGGUUGUCUAGCAUGCAAUGUGGAAUGUGUAUUUCCGGAGUAUCGGCGGCGAGGUAGAAAAAGCCAGAAGGCCCUCCACAAUGCCAGGAACCUUGACUGUGAAUCAAUUGUGAACCUCCUUUUUCCACACACGCCUGUGCAGUCACUCAAGGGACUUUCGCGAUCGGAUUUGUUAGAUCGUGCUAAGUCCGUCUGUGUUGAAGAGGAUAAUUCUCCUUUGACAAGCAACCAAAGUUCCUCAAUCGCAUCACCAGACAUCACAGUGCCCAUAAAGGCAAGAGCUGUGCCAGAUUCGGAGGCCAAUGACAGGCUAUACAAACUCCAGUAUAGAGGUUCGACUCUCUUUGAAUGGGACGAAACUUCUCCAAAAUAUCACCACUCUGUGGAAGACGACGUGAACGCUCUCUCGUUGUCGGCCGAUCGAAGAUCUUCUUUUGUGGGAAUUUCAUCGGUCGCAGCAGCGAUCAGAGCCCUGACAAGCAUCCUGCCGGCGCAGCUCGUUGAUCAAAAACCCACGAUAUCCACAUCCUCCCCGAAUACAAUAGAAAAUCCCCCUGCAGCCACGUCCUUGACUCUUCCUUAUCGAGUUGUCUCCUACCGCGAUGAGCAGCGCCUGAUCGACGCAUACUUCACUAACAUCCACGUCUUUGUUCCUAUUAUUCACGAGCCAAGCUUUCGCAACAAAUACUUGACCAGUCGUGGUAGCCAGGAUCGGUCAUGGCUGGCACUUCUGAAUAUGGUCCUUGCUUUGGGAAGUGUUGCCACUUCACCAGGCGAUUCUGACGAGGAUUUUGAAUAUUAUCACCUCGCCCAACAAUACCUGUCACUGGAGAGCUUUGGAAGUGGAAGGCUAGAGACAUUACAAGCUCUGGUGCUUAUGGGUGGGCAAUACUUGCACUUUCGCAAUCGACCAAACAUGGCAUCUGCUAUCAUUGGAGCAUGCUAUCGAAUUGCGAGCGGUCUUGGCUUAAAUUUGAGAAUACCCGAAGAGACUAAAGGCAAAUUAAGCCUUCAAGAAGAGGUGAAACGACGGAACUGGUGGGCUAUUUACGUGCUGGACACAUGGGGCUCUACAACGCUGGGUCGGCCUUCGGUUGCGCUGAAUAGUUUGAUUGAUACGCCGAGAAACAUACUUGAUGAUCAGCGCGGCGAGCUUUCACCAAAUGAGCCAACGAUACACGCCCCUUUGAUCCAUAAUAUUCAGCUAUGCAAAAUCAUCAACCGCAUCCAAGACCGACUACUUGUCAACUCUCUUCUCGAUGACCAUGAAAUACAGUUUUAUGAUGAUAUGUUGCUAUCCUGGUUCGAAACCCUACCGCCAUUCUUGCGCUCACCCGAUCCAAAUGUGCCGGACCUUCAAGAUGCCCGCUUGGUUCUCAAAUGGAGAUACCACAAUAUUCGAUUCCUUUUACAUCGCCCCUUGGUUCUCGAUACGGUCGUUCGACAAACACCAUUCCAUUGCCUCUCUACGAACGAACAAGCUGUUGUCUCCCGAUGUCGCGACAUUGCAGCAGAAUCCAUUCUCAGUAUCCAAGCAGAAUGGCGCCCAAACAAAAUUUGCUGCUGGAAUGCAAUAUGGUUCAUGUUUCAAGCCUGCUUAAUCCCAGUGAUGGCAUUAGCUCUUGAGCCUACCGACCAUGACGAGUAUCAAAGUUGGUGCAAUCAGGUCCAGAUUGGGAUCGCAGUCUGCGAAGAAAUGUCGGGAUUCAGUCCCGUUGGCCAAAGAACGAAGUCGUGCUUGGAGCAAUUAUUCUUAGCUGCUAUCAAGGGAUCACCUCCGACGUUUCGGUACCAGCCUUUGAGUAGACAACCUCCCUUGGAUACCGUCAUGGGAAUAUUCGCGAACGACUGGGACCAUCUAGACGGAGAUGAGCUAUUCUCCCAGUUUACUACUCCCGGCGGCUCAUACAUAGACGACCAAUUUCUCCUCGCACAAUACCAACCAUACCAAUGA